UCUUCUUUCUCCUAUGCUGAACGCAGUUUUUAUGCUUUCCCCUUCAUUGGACACUGAGCACCGUCGCUGAACACCACUAUUGAUUACAAUUAUCGAUAUGGAUAUCAAUCCUGAAGAACUUUUAAGGCGAAGGCGAGACUUAACCUUAGAACAGUUGCGGCAAAGUCAGAGACAACUUGUGCGUGAAAUACAAGAUCGCUACAAUGAACUAGGUAUAGCAGUUGACCAUUUACGAUCUUACUUCAGUCAUGAUGAUAGUGAUGAAGAUCAUGACAACAGUUCUAGCACAAAAAUGAAAUGUAAACAAAGAAACAAACAAUGUUCCAAGUUCAAUAAAAUCGCCCGGCCAUUGUCUUCAGAGACUCCUCGAAUAUUACGAGACAGAGAGUAUGGACAUUUAACAAGCUCUAAGCAUGAUAACAAUAUUUCAAAAUUUUAUUCAGACAAUCUCAGAGACUUUGUUUCACAACAUCUUCCAUCAAUUUUAAAAGAAAAAGAAAUGAAUCUUGGAACAAUAAACAAAAUUUUUGCUUCCAAGUGGUUAAAUGAUUCUCAAGUUGUUGUAGGAACCAAGUGUAAUAAGUUGAUGGUGAUGGAUGUCAGAAACAACAACCUUGUUCACAUUCAGUCUUUAAAAAGCACAAAGGAAAGCAUUCCAGCAGAGUGCCCUUGUGGUAUACAUAGCAUUGCCAUUAACCCUUCAAGAACAUUGUUAGCCACUGGUGCUCAAAACACAAAUGACCUUGCAGUAUAUGAGUUACCUACCUUUGACCCAUUAUGUGUAGGGGAGCAAGCUCACAAGGACUGGAUCUUCGAUAUGGACUGGGUGGAUGAUGAACAUGUAAUAACAGGUUCACGAGACAGUUCUCUGGCAUUAUGGUGUGUGGAUAGCCAAGGUCUUUCCACAGAGUCAGCAGGAGAGCCACACAUGCAUGGCCACAGAGUCAUAGUCCCAUUUACAGCUAAAAUGUGUAAUCAGGCACACAGAGUACGAGCCUUAACCCUGGGGAGAAAGCGAGGGGUGAUGGGUGUCUUGUCAAUGAAUGCUAAAUUUCACUUCUGGGAUAUACAAACAUUUCGCCAGUUAGAGUCUGUUGACUUGACAUGGAAAAGAGAAAAUGUCUGUACAGCCAGUUCAGAAGAAAUGGGUUUAUUUGCUGUAGGUUCUCAGGCUUAUGUCACCUUGCUGGAUCAAAGGUCAGGGGGAGAGGUCAAAAGUACAUGGUUACAGAUACCAUCCAGACAUGGGGAAAGAGGUAUAAGGUCUUUGAGUUUCAAUCAAAAUAUGAUCACUAUUGGAACUGGAGAUGGACGAGUUCUUUUCUUUGACAUGAGAAUCUCCAAGUUUCUUUACAAUAUUGAUAAUGAGUACUGUGAGCUGCAAGCUGGCAAUGGCUGGCUCAGAUAUGAUGCCAACUACAGAGAACACUUCAAUCAAUGCCAGUACCCCAACGCCAUCUACACCCACUGCUACGAUGAAAACAAAGUGAGGCUGUUUGCAGCUGGAGGGCCUCUACCUGCAGGUCUCUAUGGAAAUUAUGCAGGAUUAUUUUACUAGUGCUACAGUUUUAAAAUCCAUUUUAUUCAGUAAACUUUACAGUGUUGUUUCUCUUCAUUUUUUUUUUUACCAGUAUACAAAUUUAGAUUUUCUUUUUUUUUAAAGUGUUUUUCUGCUAUCAGAACACAUUUUUUAUGCAGUUUAUUUUAAGGUAUACUGUUUUUGUCUAUAAUGAAAUGUAAUUUAUUUUUUCUGCCAAAGUAAAACUGACUAGACUCUUAAAGAGAAUUUUUAUUUUUGUAAUGUAUUUAGUAAAAACUUUAGAGAUUUAACAGGUUUUGAAAAAAAUAUUAAAUUAGCUUUAUUACUAAACUUCUGACAUUUUAAUUUAUUUUUGAAGCUUAAAUACAUUUGUUAAACCCUAUACUCAUGCACUUUUGUAAGAAUGUAAUUUAGUUUGUACCAAAAGUUAAUUUUGUUUGUUUCAAAGCUAGUCACAGUUGAUCUGUGAUCUUUCUUUUUAUGAAUUAAAUUUUAUUUAUUGUAAACUAUUUUCUAAGCGUUAUUUGGUGUUUUAAAGUUUAAAAAAAAAAAGGGCAAUAAUUUUGUCUAGACUCUCAUUUGUAGGGCACAUGCCAAUAUUUCACAAUCUUUGAGAAAAUGACUUGAUGAUUCUACUAUCUGUGAUACUUUUGCUGGAAGUCCUACAAUCAUGUUAGCGAAUAGCUAAACCUUUUUCUUCAUGCUCAACCUAUAUUUAGAAAGUUAUUUAAAUUUCCUUCAAGACUUUUUGGGUACUAUGUAAUGGUAAAUCAAGUUUCACCUAAAUUUCUGGUUUGAAAGGAUGUUAUCUGACUAACACUAACUUUAAAGCUGGCUUGCUUCUUAGAUGUUUUAAAACUUCAACUAAAAAUCCCAUCCUCAAUGUAGUUUUGCAACCAAAUGUUUUGCCAGUUAUCUGCCAUAUAACCUGGGAUAGAAGUCUAUUAGAUAAAUGCAGACAAUAAAAAGAAUGUUUGUAGUUUCUAGUUAUUUGAAAUCUAUGUAAGAGUAAGUUGUUGGUAUAUCCUGUGGUACUUUCCUAUUUGUACACUGUGAAUGUAAAGCAAUGUUAAACAAAAGAGUUCUAGUUUCACUUCCAACUUUUUAGUUAUUUCUGAUGUGUGUGCUUCAAGUUUGUGUCACAUCACAUAGAAACUGUAGUUACAGGCAUAGUCUAAAAUGAUCAACACUCUGUGUAGCUGAUGGGCAUUUUUUCUACCUAUAUAAUUUUUACAUACAAAUUUGAAACAUGUCAAAUAGAUACAUUAUAGGCAGGGCUGGAUUGAAGAAUGUGGAGGCCCAUGGCAGGAGUUUUGGGAAGGGCCCUGGAAUUUUUGUAAAGCUUUAAUAAAGAUCCACCUAUGAAUGACAAUACUUUUUCUAAAAGCUUGCUAAACUUUAGAAGAAAAGAAGUUCUUGUAAAUUUAAUCUCACUUUAAUUUGAAAAAAAUAUUUAACAUGCAUAUUUUAGUUUAAAAAGUGUAUUUUCUUUAGUUUGUAGAGUGUAAGGCCCUUGGUAGAUGCACUGUUGUAAAUCCUGAGCUGUCUUUAUUAUUACUCUUUGCCAGCAGUAAAAUGUGAAAAAAUAAGUUAGAAAAAAAAUGUAGAAUUUUGUGACCCGUCAAAAUUCUGAUACAUUUUUAUAUCUUUUAUGGGGGCCUCCUGAGCUAUAAUACUGUUUACCUUGUUUAAAUCCUGCCCUGACUAUAUCCUACAUUGAUUAGUAAAUUAUGUGCUGUAUACGUUGUAUGUUAUCACAGGUGUUAUUAGAUGUCAAUUAAUGAACAUAAUUAUUGGCUUUAUACAUGUUCACAAUUAUUAUGUCAAUGACUACAGCUUUUGGUACUUUCAUUUCAGUUGGUAUUAUAUUUAUAACAUUGAUUAAAAAACUGGCUAGUAGAGAGGACAAAAAGUAAACCUGUCAGCUUGUAAAUAGUUUCCCUUGGGCAGACAAGAUGGGCAAUAAAAUGUUAUCUCCACAUGCUGUGUAUUAAAUUUUUUUUUACCCACUAAAAUGUCAAUUAUGUGUAUUGAUAAAGUUUUAAGCUGAGAUGAAAGCCAUGAAAAGCACUAUCUACCUUUUGCUCCUACAGAGGCCCUAAGAAAUAGAUAUGUAGAACUGGUACAUGCUUUCUUUUCUUUAAUCACAAAAUGUAAAUUAAACAGAAUGUGCAAUGUCUUGGAUUCUUGUUUUAGUCCAUGCCUAGUUUCCAGAUGAACUUAAUGCUUAUUUCAAUAGGUGUACCACUAAGUGAAAUGAGAGCUAUGAUUCCUAUAAUAUUAAGGCAAAUAAAAUCUAUAAGUAAAGUCUAAAUUUAAGAAAAAAAAA